AUGAUCAUCCACGAGAUGGCGAGACCACAGACCAAGAGGGGCUUUACCGGUACUGUUUGCUCGUCAGAACCCGUGAACUGCGGAUCAAUUGAUUCGAUAGCACCUGCCAACCGAUCAGGCACAUGCUUCUGCCCAAGCGUGCACUAUGACUACCAUGAUCGGAUGUGCGGCUACGUGCAAUAG